CCGGAAGCGCCGCGGGCGCUAUAGCAACGGAGGACCGGCGGCGGUGGCGAUAGACCAUGUCUGGUCCAGCCGAUGAGACCGCGGGAGACCUGCCUGUGAAAGACAUUGGUCCAAACCUCUCUGGAAUCGGAGGAUUACAAGAAUCGUCCAGUAUCCAGAAAGUGAAGCCUCGGCAGGCAGUAACCCGGGUCAGUCGUGAGGAGCUGGAAGAUCGGUUUUUGCGUUUGCACGACGAGAACAUCCUACUGAAGCAGCAUGCCCACAAACAGGAAGAUAAAAUUAAAAGAAUGGCCACCAAGCUAAUACGGCUCGUUAAUGACAAGAAAAGAUCCGAGCGGGUCGGUGGCGGCUCCAAGCGGCCGGGACGGGACGUGGAACUGGAGGAAAUGAUCGAGCAGCUCCAAGAGAAGGUUCAUGAGCUCGAGAGACAAAAUGAGGGCCUCCGAAACCGACUCAUUUCCACUAAGCAGCAGCUUCAAGUUCAGGGUCACAGGCAUACGCCAUAUAACCACGUGCAGUCCCGAAUUAACACCGGGCUCAGGAAGCUGAACGAGAGUGUCGGCUUGCGGGACGGCACCGGGAAAGGAAUGAGAACACAAAAUGUAGAGAGAACCAGAUCCCCACAAGCCGGGCUUCCCAAAUAUGGGCAUAGUUUGCUUGAAGAAGCAAAAGCAGAAAUAAGAAAUUUAGAAAACGUGAUUGAGUCUCAGAAAGGCCAAAUUGAGGAAUUGGAACACUCAGAAGAAAUCCUGAAAUCUCAGAUGAAGAGAAGCGAGAAGGAGUUUGAAAAAGUUCUUCUGCAGCUUAGAGAACAACAAGCAACAGGUCAGAGGUCAAACAUCCGGGACAAUGUGGAAAUGAUCAAGCUUCACAAGCAACUGGUGGAGAAAAGCAAUGCUCUUUCAGUAAUGGAAGGAAAAUUUAUCCAACUGCAGGAGAGUCAAAGGAAUCUUAAGGCCAGUCACGAUGCCUUAAUGGCGAAUGAAGAUGAGCUCAACCUCCAGCUUAAAGAGCAGAGAUUAAAAUGUUGCAGCCUUGAGAAACAGUUACAGCUAAUGACAUUUUCUGAACGAAGAAAAGAAGAGCUGCAGGAUAGAAUUAACGACUUAGAAAAGGAGCGGGAACUUUUAAAGGAAAACUAUGAUAAACUUUACAGCAGUGCCUUCGGUGUGACCCACGAGCAGCAGUGGAAGUUAAAGGAGCAGCAGCUGAAACUGCAGAUCGCUCAGCUGGAGAGUGCCCUAAAAUCGGACUUAGCCGACAAAACGGAGAUCCUCUCUAGACUGAAAGUCGAACGAGACCAGAAUGAGGUGCUCACUCAAGAGAAUAGAAAACUCCAGCUGCAAUAUCUGGAGCACAAGCAACAGCUGGAUGAACUUGAAAACCGCAUGAAGUUUUUCAGCAAGGAGAGUGAUAUUGACGUGUCCGAAUUCAGUGAAGCUCUCAUGCUUGUAAAGGCUCGAAAAGAGCAGAAAAGCCGGGACCUCUCCUUUCUGGAGAAAGUCGAUGAUGACGUCCGAAAGGACAUGGAGCAAACAUUGCGAGAACUUCAAGCAACACAUGCAGAAACAAUACAAGAACUCGAGAAAACAAGGAAUAUGUUAAUAAUGCAACACAAAAUCAAUAAAGAUUACCAGAUGGAAGUUGAAACAGUGACCCAGAAGAUGGAAGAUUUCCAGCAAGACUACGAACUGCAACUGGAGCAGUAUGUUCAUCUUCUUGACAUCAGGGCUGCACGCAUUCAAAAACUAGAAGCGCAACUGAAGGACAUUGCGUAUGGCACCAAGCAGUACCGAUUUAAACCCGAUAUCAUGCCAGGUGAUCCAGUAGAUGAAUUCGAUGAAACCGUGCACUUGGAACGAGGCGAGAACCUAUUCGAAAUCCACAUCAGCAGAGUGAUCUUUUCUCCUGAAGCCGUACACCCAUUAGGAGACCGAGAGCCCGCCACCUUCUGCACCUAUGCUUUCUAUGAUUUUGAACUCCAGACCACCCCAGUGGUGCGUGGCCUCCAUCCCGAUUAUAACUUCACCUCUCAGUACCACGUACAUGUCAACGAUUUCUUUUUGCAGUAUAUCCAGAAGAAUACUGUCACUCUGGAAGUCCACCAGGCCUAUAGCACCGAUUAUGAAACGGUGGCAGCGGGUCAGAUGCGAUUCCAUGAAAUCCUGGAAAAGAAUGGGCGGAUCUUUGGAAGAGCAAUUUUAGUUGGAAUUAGGGAAGACAUCCAAAACUAUGGCACUGUAGAAUAUUGGAUUCGAUUAAGGGUUCCUAUGGAUCAAGCAAUCAGACUGUACAAAGAACGGGCAAAAGCUCUGGGAUAUAUUACAACCAAUCUUAAGGAACCAGACCAAAUGCAUCAGUUGAGACAGCAGACACACAGAAAGGACCAACUCUGUUCACCAGUAUCUACAGAUGGCAAGUUAAAUGAACUCCAUAUUACAAUAAAAUGUUGCAACAACCUCCAACCCCGAGCAAGCCACCUGCAGCCAAGUCCAUAUGUUGUGUACAAGUUUUUUGACUUUGCAGAUCACGACACAUCCAUCAUUCCGAACAGCAAUGACCCACAGUUCGAUGAUCACAUGUGCUUUCCUGUGCCCAUGACCACAGAUUUAGACAAGUACCUAAGGUCGGAGACCCUGAGAUUUUAUGUGUUUGACGACGGCGAGCCGCGAGAUGAUAUUUACGUAGGGAAAGCAAAUGUGCCUCUAAUUUCUUUGGCACAUGACAGAAGUAUCUCAGGUACAUUUGAGCUGACGGAUUCGGAAAAGCAUCCUACCGGCACCAUCCAUGUCGUACUAAAAUGGAAGUUGGCGUACCUUCCCCCAAGUGGAUCAGCAGCAGCUGGAGACUUAGCAAACCUUAUACAAAACGAAGAGCCGGCCGUGGUCCAGAGACUACCACCGACUCCCACUCGGCCUGCUUCAGUCACUGCACCGACACCCAAACCAAGACAACGAUCCACCCACGCAGACAAGAAGGUGUCCUUUGUGGAUGUGCAACCCUCUCCGCCUCCAAAAGCUGCUUCAGAUGAAGAUGUGAAAGAGGCUUCAGCGAAAACAGAAGUUAAUUCUGCACCAGUUGCAGAUGUUCCAGAGGUUUUCCACGAAAGGUUAGCAGACAAAGUAAACGAGACCCCUGACAAAAUCCAGCAAGGAAAGGAAGACUUGUCUCAGCUCUCCGAAGGUCAGCUUGCUGACGACAGCUCGGCUACCUCCGACGAUGGAACGGAAAUUCCCGAGGAGUUGGAGACGGAAGAUCAAGAAAAUAGAUCUGCCGCUGACGCAACUGAAUCAGUAAUGACCGACAGUGAUGACUGCAUCGUUCCAAGUCCCGUGUCCGAGAAUUUCAGGCAGCCGUCAGAAAAAAUCCGGAUUGAAAUUAUAUCCCUCAGCCUCAAUGAUUCCCCAAUAACCAUGGAUGAGACUAUAAAACGACUCUUUGUAGAAUGCCGAUUCUGUAACUUUCCUGCGGAAGAGACACCGGUGUCCCUUCCAAAACCCCAAAGUGGGCGAUGGAUCCACUAUAAUUACAGCAAUGUGAUCUAUGUGGAUAAGGAAAAUAACCAAGCAAGAAGGGAUUUCCUUAAGGCCCUUUUGCAAAGACCAGACAAGCAUCCUGGAAGCGUCCGAUUCACCGUGGUCAGCGACCCCGCAGAAGACGAGCAGGAUCUGGAAUGCAAUGACAUCGGCUUUGCGCACGUCAGCCUCCCAGAGAUGUUUCAGAGAGAACAAGACAUCAUCGAGCAAGACAUUGACAUUACUGAUGCCCAGGAUGACGGUGAAGUUAUCGGGAAGCUCAGGGUAACAGUGGAAGCCCUCUCUGCCCUACGCUCGGUCUACGAGGAAUUCCAAGACAACUGAGAGGGCCUAGAAGGAAACUGUUCUUACAGCCUGGUCUUCUCCCGAGAAAACUCUCAGACGAUGGCCCUGGGACGAGACCGUCUGUAAUUACUCCAGUAGAGCAAUGUCUAAUUUAUGUGAAAAGGGCCUCGGGAUUGCCCUUGUAAAGUUUUGUAUAUUUUUCAAUUUGUUUAUUUUUCUACUCGUCCGCUCCCCUGGCUGCUUCCCUCCCCCGGGGCCUCUGAUUCUCCACAGCGGCCAGUGGCUCCUCAAUAAUUCAAACCUACAUGAGGGCACAAGACGCCUUCUUUGCAUUUCUAGCAUUUUUUCCGACGCAGAUCGGAAGUAGAGAAGCCAUCGGAUUUUUAUGUAAAAUCGGGAAAAAAAGCCAGGGCCUUUAGAAAACUUGGUGGGGGAAAAAUACUUUUAUGUGAUCCCUAAUCACUCCUCUAAAUGGAAUGCCUGUGAUUAGCCUCAUUAGGAGUUUUAUACUGUGAAGAUUUUAUUAGAAGCAAUAUAUGAAAAUUACUUGGAUUAAUGUGUUAAUCUUCCUCUUUAAAAUGCUAAUAUCCAUUUUACGCACAUUAAAGCGCUGUAUGCAUUUUCUUUGAUGCAUGCAGUUUCUAUCAAUUAAAUAUAAAGAAUGAGACUAGGCACAAGGCUUAUUAAAUUACUGCAAGCUUGUUUUGGGGAAAAAAAAAUUGCUUUAGUCCUCUUGCUAAUGUUAUCGUCAGAUAUUUGUUGCAGUGAUGUGGGGUAGAGCAAAGCAUUUUCGGAAUGUGAAAGAGAUUUAUAUUUUGAAAGUUGUGCUUCUAGCCCCAAAAGAAAAUAAGAAAGGAUCAGACUCUGAUAGUCUUAGUUUGAACUGAAGGGACAGGCGAGUAUCUUUUUAUCACUCUUUAAAUUUACAUCAGGCAUGUACAAUGCUCAGUUGUAGCAGAAUAACCAGAGCUAGAAAAGCAGCUCAGAAAGUUAAUUUUCUAGCUUUUAACCAAUCUCACUGAAGGAUUUAAUUGAUAUUUUUAAUGGAGCCGUGAAUCAAUGCCGCGAAAGGAUUGUCUCCAGAGGUCUAGGAUAUAAUGCAUUUCAUUUUUUAAUUUACUUUUUUAUUUGUCAGUUUCUUCAAAGGAUUUUAUAGGCUGUGGGUUUUCACUGUUUGCAAACAGGCUAGGUCCUUCCAUAAGCAUAUGUAAAGUAUUCAGAGAGAUAAGUAAUUUAUUAAAAUCUACCUAAUUUGCCGUGAUAUAUUAAAUCUCUGCUUCAGUGAUCACAGACCAUUUCAUUUAGAGAAUUAGGCAUUCCCUCUUUGUGUGAUUAAAGCUCUGGAAAAUGAGUUCUUUGCUCCUAUUUGUGAACAUUCAAAGCCUGCUAAUGGCAAGAAGAUGGAAUAGAUUAUGAGACAAUUCAUUACAGUUCAACAGCCAAAAAAAAGCAGCCAUAAUGCAAAAAUGCAAGUAUGAAUAUCUGCGGAUGGUUCGGACCAUCUGGGCUCUAAUGCCUUCAACGGAGGCGCUUCAUCUUCGGCGGGCUUUGAAUGACCUCAGCCCAAUACCCAUUUGUUGGUGUCCAUUGUAAGGGCAGCGGUGCCCGCCCCGGUCACAGAAGCCUGCGAAUUUUGUUCAGGACCGACGAAGCCUGUCGGUCCUAGAGCCUGCAGUCUCCGUGACACCUCUCCCAUCAAAACGCCGCUAAUCCGCCCAACAACUCAUUCCUCGGGAACCUCUCGGAGGCCGCAAACAUCUGCAGACAAAACCACUCCAACCCUAGUAAACAGCCACGUGUUUGUUGUCACUUGGGCUGGCUCUUAGCUCAUCCCUUUGGCCCCUCUUGCUAGCUCUGUUUGGCUUUGUGCAGUUAUGUUGUCAUUAAAGCCCUUGCUAUUCCCCACAGUAAUUUAAAGCAGCCAGAUUAUACACUGAGGUACCAGGGGGCUCUUUAGGCAUUUCGUUGUGGUCUUCUCCCUGGAGAUUUGUAUUGUUGCUUGAAUUCUUGGCAUCCCAGGCUCUCCAUCCUCCUCGUACGCAAGAGAAGCGGGCGGCCCGCCUCUCUGAAUCUCAGCAGCAUCCUGGACUUUUGGGGGUGAGAAGACUGUUUCUGUGGGCUAGUCGGACCUGUUUUCUUCCUAGGGACGCUAGCUGGGCGGGGCAGAAGAAAAACAGCCUUCCUCUCACUUUCAUAUCUGCAGCCGAAGCGCUCACCUUCAAACCUGUAAAUUCGUUAAACAUUCAUCUGGAGAGCAAAAUAAACGGCUACUGAGCUCAUUUAGGGGUAAGAGA